AUGGAGAAGCAGGUAGAGGGCGAUGUAGGCCACUGGCUUAACAGCCCUAGUGAGCUCCCAGCCGACAACCAGCACCACCUGCAGCCCCGUCUCGUGCCGCCCCUUUUCCGUGUUGCGAGCCCCUCGCCCCGUCCGCCCUCCUGGCCCCACCACCUGGGACCCAGAGACCCCCGCCAGGAGGAGGGUCAUCUCAACCCCUCCCCGCCCCCAGGCCCCCACUCCCUGAGGUAUCUCUACACCGCCAUGUCCCGGCCGGGCAUCGGGGAGCCCCGUUUCAUCUCCGUCGGCUACGUAGACGACACGCAGUUCGUUCGGUUCGACAGCGACGCCGCGAAUCCGAGGAUGCAGCCGAAGGCGCGGUGGGCGGAGCAGGAGGGGCCGGAGUAUUGGGAAGAGAACACACAGAAUGUCAAAGUUUCUGCACAGACGUUCCGACUGGGCCUGAACAUCCUGCGCGGCUACUACAACCAGAGCGAGGCCGGGUCUCACACCUACCAGUGGUUUUGUGGAUGCGAUGCUGCGCUGGACGGGCGCCUCCUCCGCGGAUACAAUCAGUUCGCCUACGAUGGCGAUGAUUACAUCGCCCUGAACCAGGAUCUUCUUUCAUGGACCGCGGCGGACACGGCGGCUCAGAUCACCCAACGCAAGUGGGAGGCGGCCGGUGAGGCAGAGAAGAACAGAGCCUACCUGGACGGGGCAUGUGUGGAGGAACUCCUAAGAUUCCUGGAGAACGGCAAGGAGAUGCUGCAGCGCGCAGAGCCGCCUCCUCAGCCCACCGUCCCCAUCAUGGACAUCAUUGUUGGCCUGGUUCUCUUUGUGGUCACUGCAGCUAUGGUGGCGGGAGUUGUGAUCUGGAGGAAGAGGCGCUCAGGUGAAAAAGGAGGGAGCUAUGCUCAGGCUGCAAGCAGCGACAGUGCCCAGGGCUCUGAUGUGUCU